AUGGAGGAUCAAUCUUUUGGAAGGUACCAAAAACCAAAAGGGUGUAACAUAAAACAGGUUGUUGCAGGAUGUGAUGGAGCUAAAUUGUUGGGACGGAAAGGGAUGUCAACGCGAUUGGAUGAAAGAUCUCUUCCCGAGUCAAGAAAGGUUGAUUCCGUUGGAGAAGCUAAAUCAGAAUUUUCAUUGAAGGAAAUGAACGAGGAUGAGGACACCAGAAUUAAGGAGAAAGGAAAUGAAAUCCAGAAAAAUGUGGUGGCGAGUGCCGUGGAUGCUGGUGUAAUAAUGGAGGAAAUAGAUGAUGUCCUAAGCUAUCAUGAUGAAAAUGGUGUUCCACCCGACAGUAAUGGAGACGCCAAAAUAAAAGAGGAGGGAAACGAGAUGCAUAAAAAUGUGGUGGCGAGUGCUACAAAUGCUGGCUUAAUAAUGGAGGAAAUAUAUGAGGUUCAAAGCUAUCACGAUGAAAAUGGUAUUCCACCCGACUGUAAUGAAGACACCGAAAUUAAAGAGGAGGGAAACGAGAUACAUAAAAAUGUGGUGGCAAAUGAUGCAGAUGUUGGCGUAAAAUUGGAGGAAAUAGAUGAGAUCCAAAGCUUUCAUGAUGAAAAUGGUGUUCCGCCGAGAGUAAUGAAGAAAAUAUUUCAAUUGUUAGCAAACGAAGAAAUAAAUAUGGGAAGUACUACUCAUGUUGAUACUUCGGAUUUGCAAUCAAGAAAUAAGUGGAGAGAUUUGUUAUGA